AUGAGUACUAGCGCAGAAAAAAACGAGGUAAUUGAAAGGCUAGAGAACGUUCAACUAGACAAUAAUAGUGAAUAUGAAGACGUUGAAGCAUAUUCAGACUCUUCAGACGACAGUGAUUUUGACGAAGGUAAUAAUUCAACCUCAAAUACGGCCAGCCCAACUAACGGCAACAAAAUUUCGAAGCCACUAGAAAAAGAAGAUAUCGUUACAAAAUAUGCAGAUAAAAUAAAGACAGAACCAUUCAAGAAAGGUCCACAAGUAAAUAAAGAUCGAGCAAAUAGAGCAACAGUUGAACAAGUAUUAGAUCCAAGAACUAUUAGAUUUUUAGGUAAAAUUUUCAAUUCAAAUAUAAUCUCAAGAAUUAAUGGGUGUAUAAGCACUGGUAAAGAAGCAAAUAUAUAUCAUGGAACAAAUGAUUCAAUACCAAAUAGUCCAGAAUAUGCAGUUAAAAUAUACAAGACUUCAAUUUUAGUAUUUAAAGAUAGGAAAAGAUAUGUUGAUGGAGAUUUCAGAUUAAGAAAUACAAAAGAUCAAGGAAAUCCAAGAAAGAUGGUUAAGAUAUGGGCAGAAAAGGAAUUUAGGAAUUUAAAUAGAAUUUACUACCAGAGUAAAAUACCAUGUCCUAAACCAAUCAUCUUAAAAUCUCAUGUUUUAGUAAUGGAAUAUUUAACAAAAGGUUCAAAUCAACCAUCACCAAAAUUAAAAGAUUAUAAAUUUAAAAACACAGACGAUAUAAUAAAGUACUACUAUCAAAUGUUAAUAUGUAUGAGAAGAUUAUUUCAAGAUUGUAAAUUAGUUCAUGCAGAUUUAAGUGAAUAUAAUUCCAUAGUUCAUGAUAAUAAAUUGUUCAUUAUUGAUGUUUCUCAAAGUGUUGAACCUGAUCACCCAAUGGCCUUGGAUUUCUUGAGGAUGGACAUUAAAAAUGUUAAUGAUUUUUUUAGUAGACUGGGUAUUAAUGUAUAUCCUGAAAAAUCAAUUUUUAAAUUUAUUACUGAUAAAGACAAUCAGUUAGGUUUUACAGCAAAAUGGAACAAUGCUGAGAAUAAAACUGAGCUUAAAUCUUUUGAGGAGGAUCAGGAAAUUACAGACGACGGUGAGAAGGAUACAAACAUCGAAAUUAGCGAAGCUAAAACUGACAAUGAUGAAGAUGAAGAUACCAAAGAAAUGAGAACAUAUUUGGAUAAUUUACCAUUGAAACUAACAAAAGACCAAGAAAUUGAAGAUGAAAUAUUCAGAUCAUUACACUUAGUAAGGUCAUUGAAUCAUUUGGACGAAAGAGAUUUUAAGAAGUUUUCUGAAGGUCAAGUUGAUACAAUGAAAGAAUUGGUGGCUCCAACUUCUACAGGGAAUAAUAAUGGGGAUCAGAACGGGGAAAACGAAGCAGUAGAAGGAGUAGAAAAAGAGAAUAUAAUCGAUGAAGAGGGUGAUGUUGACAGUGAAGAAGAUGAUGACGAAGAAGAUUCAGAUGAAGAUGAAGAUAGUAGCGAUGAUGAAAGAGAGCAACUGACACCAAAAGGUAAAAAAUUCGAAGAUAAAGAAUCUAAAAAGGCAAGGAAAGAAGCUGCAAAAUUAGCAAAACAAGAGAAAAGAAAAACAAAAAUGAAGAAACAUAUUAAGAAGAAAAUAAUAAAUAAGAGAAAAACUGGUAAAUAG